CCUCCUGGCGGCCAGCUUGGCCCAGCCCCCCGGAUUAGCGAGGGCGCGGCCUAAGCCUCUUUGCUGCCGCCGCCCCCGGCAUGGCCCGGCAUGGACGCCGGCGGCGCUGAGCGGCGCGGCGGAGAGCUGUGCCUGCAGGUGGGCGACGCCGGCCUGGGCGGCCUCAUCCUGCUGCUGCUGACGGCCCGGCCGGGACCGGGCGAUGGGGCUGCCCGCGGAGACCCCCCCGAGCCCGGCGGGUCGCGGGGGCCCCUGGCACGCUCCUUGCAGCGGGCAGAGGCCAUGCUGCGCAGCGUCACGCCGGGGCUGCGCCGCCUGCUGUCCCCGCGGUCGAGCCGGCGCGGCGACACCGACGAGGACGACGAGGACGAGGAAGAUGAGGACGAAGCGGCGUCCAUCGUGGUCCCGCUGGAGCAAAGCUUCCCGGGGCUGCGCCGCUGCCUCUGCGUCUGGGAGGACCCUCGCACCGAGACCUUCCUGGGGUACGUGCGGCCCCAUCCCAGCGGCGCCGGCGACUUUUCCGGGGACGCCGUGCGGCAGCGCGUGGCGGAGCGCGGAGCGACCCUGCACGCGCUGCUGCAGCACCGCCACCAGCUCCGCCUGGCCCGCGACUUCACUCGACGCCUCAAGGCCUCCUCCGACUUCCUGCGGCGGCUGCAGGAGCCGCCGGGGCCCGGAGAGCGCGGCGAGGCGGCGCCGGCGCUGCGGGAGCUGUGCCUGGAGCUGCGGUGGGCGCUGCUGCUGCCCGUGCUGAUGGCCGCGCGCCUGGCCGGGCGGCACGUCGAGGGACGGCUGCGGGAGCUCGGCCGCCGCGGUAGCCCUGCCCCGGCUUCUGAGUGCCUGGCUGACCUCUUCCAGGGGCUGGAGAUCUACAACCGCGUGGUGCAGGGGCUGGCGGAGGAGCUGGGCCCCGAGGUGAAGGCCCCCGGUGCCUUCACGGUGGGUGGGGUGCUGCGGCUGCUGGCGGCCGAGCGGGGCCAGGCCGUGGCCCAGAGGCUCCGGCCGCUCCUGUGGCCCCAGAGUGGGGACAUCAGGGAUGGACACGUCUGCUGGGAGGACGUGGUGCUGCCGUGGCCACCGGGGCACGACACGGCUGAGACGGGCACGGGUGUGGACACAGAACCUUCCGGAACGGAGGCGCCAUCGGCGCUGGCGGCUGAGCUGCAGGCGCUGUGCCAGGAGGACGAGGAGCUGAUGGGACACGUUUUUGGGGCGCUGGUGGCCUCAGCUGACAGCCUGUGGCAGCCAGUGCUGUCAGAGAGCCCCGAGCCGCCGGGGCUGCGGCCGGGCAGUGCGGGUGGCUGGAAGGCCGUGCGGUGGCUGGACGCCGCCCGCGGCCCCGUGGCUGCCACCCUGAGUGCCCGCUACCGCCUGCUGCUCUGGGAGGUUGCGGGCACCGUGCUGGGGGACACCCCGGGCACCCCCCCUGCCACCCCCAGCGCCACCGUCACCGCGGCGUGGGAGCUGAGCCGUGCGCUCGCUGUGGCCCGUGUGCCCGCUGAGUGCCGGGAGGAGCUGGGGCGGCUCUGCCUGCAGCUGCUGUGCAGGAGCAUCCUCUGCAGCUGGGACACGGAUUUUACCCGUGCUCUGGGCUCAGGGCUGUCAGACAAGUGCUUGGAGGCCCCGGGGGGGUCUCCAGGGCCGGGGUGCAGCCGUACAGCCCAGCAGCUCCGAUGCCUCUUCCCAGCCCUGGCGCUGGCCCUGCGCUGCCUGCGCCUGCUGCCCGCCCGCCCGCACGCCCCCCCCGGGGGUCUCUGCCUGCGGCUGCAGGUGCUGGGCCGCUGCCUGGCGGCGGUGGCGGCCGCCCACGCGUGGCUGACGGGCCGGGCCGGGCGGUACCUGGCGGCCUGGGCGCUGCCUCAGUUCCUGCUGCUCACCGAGGGAGACCUGCAGGUGCUGAAGGCAGAGGCAGAGCAGCUGAUGCUGCAGGUGAGCAGGACCUUCCCGGAGCCAGGGGACAUUCCUGGGGACAGCCCCCCUGAGCCGCCCCCCAGCCCGGGAUCCCUGUGGGAGCUCCAGCUGUGCCGGCAGAUCCGCGACGCGGCCAACAGCAUCCAGCUGUUCUCCGGGGAUGUGCUCUGGAUGUUCUCCACCAGCUGCAAGCGGCUCUCGGCCGAGAUCUUCGACCAGACGAUGCCGCUGGGCCGGCACUGGCGGCUCGGGCCCCGCGCUGAGCUGCCCAGCUCCCCCAGCGCCUACGCGGCGGCCGCGGUGCAGGCGGUGCUGGGGCAGGUGCUGCAGGGGGCCCAGGCCCUGCCCCACGAUGCCCAGGUGCCCACCCUGGCACGGGUCACCACGGCCUUCCUGGAGGCCUGGAUGGAUCACAUCCUGACCCGCCGGAUCAAGUUCAGCCUGCAGGGUGCCCUGCAGCUGCGGCGGGACUUCGAGGCCGUGCGGGAGCUGGUGUGCUCGGAGAGCUCCGGGCUGGCCCCCGAGGCGCGGCAGGCGCUGCGGGCCCUCUGCGUCUUCCGGCACACGGACACGGCCGUGCGCUGCCUGCUGCAGCAGCCGGGGGGGCUGGGGGGAGCCCCCCGCCGCUGGGGCAGCCUCCGGCGCUGCUGCUCAGACGAAGGCGCCCACCCCCUGGAACCAUCCAUGGAUCCUGUCCCUGGCCUGGACCCUCUGGAGGGGCUGGGCCCACUCCCGGGGACGCCCCCGCUGGCUCCCGAGGCCGAUCUCCCGGCCCGGCCCGAGUCCCCGUUCCCGGGCAGCCAGCAGCAGUGGCUGUCCCUGCGGCUGCACCGAGCUCGCCGCUGGCGUGUGCCAGGGCUGCCGUGUGUCGGGAACAGCCCCGAGGGCUGACCUGGAAUAAACCUGGAAACACCA